CAGAAGACAGUUUCCUCCUUCGCCAUCCGCCCCCAAAAUCCUCUCCUGGCAGAUGCCGGUGAAGCCCGCUUCCCCUUCUAAUCCGGUGACCAACAACCACAACACCAGCAGCGAUAUCUCUCCAGUCAGCAACGAGUCCAACUCCCCUUCGCCCGUCAAGGAAAAUCACAGCCCCGAAGGGACCAAGGUGGGCUGCCACCUCUUGAGCCCCGCGGAAGAAGGGGAGGCGAUGAUUGACCUGACGGGCCAAGUGCGGAUGGAGGUGCAAGGGGAAGAGGAGAAAAGGGAGGAGCAGGCCCGUAUAGAGGAGGAGGAGGAGGAAGAAGAGGAGGACAACCGCCCAGAUGAAGAGGAUGUCCAGACAGAGGAUCGGCGAGGAGGCGACGGGCAGAUAAACGAACAGGUGGAGAAGCUGCGGAGGCCCGAAGGUGCCAGUAAUGAGAACGAAAUUGACUAGUCGGGGCGCUCACGGCCCUCUCUGUUCUCCCCCACCCAUCUCAAUCUUUCUUCACCAAGGCUCCAAUCACUCCCUCACCUCACUUCCACGGGUCUCCCCGAUCUCGCACGCCAAGCAGGUGAUGGGCCCUCCUCUCCCUCCCCACCUCUCCUCCACUGCCAACCCUCGGCCCCUCCGGGUCUCCUCUCGCUGUCCCUCUGCAGACAGACUUCCGUCUGUGGGGCCAGCCGCUCUGCUCAUCUCCCCCCCCCUUCCCCACACUGACUCCCACCCAUCCAGCUGCCUAAGCAAGCACAAACAUUUCCAUUGGCGGAGUGGGGACCCCCUCAUUCCCACCUGCCCUUCUUCAUCUCUGGGGGCUUCUGGCCUUCCUCAUUCACCCUCUUUAUUUAUUGCGUUCAGCCUGGAGGGGCAAAGGGUGCUCGCUUCCGCUCUUAGCUUUCAGAUUGGUUUCUUUGCAGAAAAGCUGCUGGUGCCCGAAAGAGUGGGGAUUUCAGGCUCAAGGCAACCCCACCCUCUUGCCCUCUUUCCUGCACCCCUUUCUCCCCCUCUUCCUGCUUGUUCCACCAUCAGAAGGUGGGAACCUGCCUGCAACUUUCCAGGGGCCCCGAUCUUGCCCAAAGAGACCCCCGCUUGGCACGGUUCCCCCUUCCCUGCCUGGGGGGCUGGGCUGUGGCCACUGGGGCUUCAGCUGCGCCCUUGCUCAAUCCCCCCAAUGGAGCUAUUUCCAUCUUUCCCCCAUGGGUGGGGACCUGUGUGUGAGGGACCGCCCCCCUUACUUCCUCCUCCCCGUCCUCCCGUCUAUGGCCCGGUUGGGUGGAGAAAAGGAAACCCCGUUCUCUGGCGUCAGGUCCUCGAGUGUCGCCGCGGUGUUGGUUUCCAUUCCCGUCAUUAAAAGAGCCUCGAAACCAGUGACAAACAUCGCGAGCCUCCUCUUAUUGCGCAUCGUCCUCGCCGAGAGGACCCAGCGAACCGUGCUCAUCUGUGUGAUCAUGUAUAGAAUUCCAGUAUAAAAUAUGACUGUAUAUAAUUGUAAUAAAUAUGAGUUACCACUGUUUCACUCUGGGUGGUGGCUAGUCUAUCUCUGCCUUCCUUUCGU